AAAAUUCUCCAUAGUUACAGGUUUAAUAAUUUUUGUGCAUUGAAAAUAAAAUAGUCAUAUUUGGUAUCAAUUUGUUCAGCGUCCAAAGGUCUUUUAAGAUUUGGCAUCACUUCCUAAUCUUUUAUUAGCACAUUUUCGCUAUAUUUAGAAACUUACGUACUCUUUUUGAUUAGUUUUGGUGUAAAUAUAGACCCGCUUAUAAAUGCUGCGUUCUGAUUGGUCUAUCCUAGGAUAGCCCUAGCGACCUAGUGUACGUCAGGUUAUCGAGAAUAAAUGGCUGAACUGCCUACAUACAGCGUGUUGAAAUUAUCGUAUGUGAAAAACUAACAUUUACUUUCUAAACAGUUUUAAAGUUUUAGUAUCUUAAAAUAAACGUUUUAUAUGUUCUGUGCUUGCUUUUCUUACAUCUUGUAAGUAGAAUUAUCAACAUUUUACAGUUGACUGAGUUGUAGAUCUAAUACUAUAACUAGUCAGACUAGUCUCUCUGGCGACUCUGCUGGAUUGCCUGGAUAUAUCAUAUUAUUCUUGUCUAGAUUUAUCUAGAUUCUAUAUAUAUAUAUAAAAUAUAUAGUCUAGAUCUAUAUUGAUCAUAUUCUAGAGCUUAGACUUCUACGAUUGUGACUUAUUCAGUGAUUGUUUUCAAGUUCAUUCUUAUUUGAGCUUGACUAGAUCUAAUCUAAGUCUUAUCCAUAAUUAUCAUCACAUCUACUAUCAUCUAGCUUUACUGCUCUAGACAUUCUAGAUUCUAGCUCUAGUGCUAGCCAUGGGAAGAUUAAAAAAAAGAAGUAAACAACUUCUAGAGGCUCGCAAGAUUGCCAAGAUGAAGAACACUGUUCGAAAAGAUCAUGAACUAGAUCUAGACAAAGUAACACCAGCUCCUUCAACUCCAACUAACUCGUCAGUGUUGUUGUCUAUGCAAACAAGUUCCAAAAAAAAAACUGUUGAUAUUCCUGCUAUGGACAUUGGAAGCUCUAGCUCUCUAUUUAAUGAUCAGUCAGCUAAACAAGCAUAUAGAACAAUCAUUGACAUUAGUCAAAUUGAAAAAUUGCUUUCACCUCUUCUGUGUCCUUAUUGUAAUGCUGAUGGUCUAACUUUGCAUUCAGAUGACAACAGUCGUUUCGGACUUGUAUUAAAACUGAAACUUUACUGCGAUAAUUGUGGCACUGUGGUGAAUGAUGUUUUUACAUCUGAACGCUCACUCAAUGAUAAAAAAUUUUCCAUCAACACAUCUGCCGUUGUUGCCUCCUCAUUGUGUGGACUAGGACCAUUAACGUUCAACAAUUUUUGUGAACAUUUAGACCUACCGGGUCUAUCAGCCAAAAAUUUCUACAACAGGACAAAGUCUAUUUAUAAGGAUGCUGAAGAUGUUCGUCAGGCUUUGCGUAGUAAAACUAUUCGACUUGUAAGAAAGGAACAUGCAAAAAAUAGCAAUUCAGCUCUAAGUGAUGAUGACAUUUUGGACAUUGCCGUUUCAUUUGAUGGUACUUGGAUGACCAGAGGACACAAAUCAAUGAUAGGUGUUAGCUGUGUCAUAGAUGUAUUGACAGGCUAUGUCAUUGAUUUUGAAGUACUAUCUAGCUUUUGCCAAACUUGUAGCACAACUGGUACUAGACUAAAAGCACAAUCUCCUGCACUCUACAAAGAAUGGUUUGAAUCUCACAAACCUGAUUGUGAUAUCAACUAUACAGGAUCGUCUGGAAUGAUGGAAACACAUGCGGCCGAGAUCUUGUGGAGGAGAUCCAUUGAGAAUUUCAAAUUGCGCUACACCACUAUGUUGUCAGAUGGUGAUUCUAAAGCCUUUAAUAAAGUCUGUGAAAUAAAACCCUAUGGAGAUGUACCUAUAACAAAAGAAGAGUGUGUCAACCAUGUGGGGAAAAGGAUGGGCACUGCACUCCGUAAUUUGGUUACAGAUUGUAGCAAGAAAGGAAUUUCACUUGGAGGUAAUGGUGUAGGAAAACUUACACAACAAACAAUCAAAAAACUGUCCAAGUAUUACACCAGAGCGAUACGGAAACACAAUGAUGCUAAGCAAAUGAGAAAUGCUAUACUUGCGAGCAUGUAUCACAAUUUUUCGACUGAUAAGAGGCCGAUGCAUCAUCUGUGUCCUUCAGGUGCAGAUUCUUGGUGUUUUUAUAAGUCUUGUGAGGCAAAAAAUGUAAAGCCUGGUAAACACAGUCUCCAUAUACAUACGCCUCUCAAUUAUGACUUACUAGCAGAACAUCUGAAACCUAUAUACAAAAGAUUGUCAGAGCCUCAACUUCUACAACGAUGUUUGCUUGGCUCAACUCAAAAUGCGAAUGAGUCUUUUCAUUCAUGUAUUUGGAAUAUUUGCAGCAAAUCAAGAUUUUCUUCACUAAAAAAAGUUAACUUUUCUGUUUUAGCUGCAGUAGGACAAUUCAAUUUUGGCUUUUCUUUUGGUAGUGAAAUAAAAAGUUUUUUCAACUGCCAGGUAAGCAAAAGCAGCCAGCGACUUGGAUUAUUGAGACUUAAGAAACGCUUGAAAAAUGCAGCUUAUAAAAAACAACAAGUUGUCAAAAGAAGACUGUUAUUAAGAAAGGAGGCUAAGGCACGUAAAGAAUUGCAGUUUAUUGAAGCUGAAGGAGUUUCAUAUUCAUCUGGACAUUUUUAAAUUUUUUAUGUAAGUUCUCAAUUUUUGCUUUUUUUUCUCAUUUCUGUUUUUUCUUAAUUAGUCUUCUUAAAAGUCUUAUAAUUUAAGAACUAGUUGGUUUAAUGAUGUGAAAUUUUGAAUAACACUAGUUUACAUGCUGUUCUUUAACUUACAAGUGUUAUAUAUUCAAAUAUAGUUAGUUAACUUAGUUUUACAAACAUCAUUUUAUUUAAAAUCAGUUUUUCUCAAAAUGGCCGUUUUCCAAAAAUGCAUUCACUAAAAUUUAUAAAUCUUUAGAACCAUUAAAGAUAUUUACAUGAAAUUUAAAACACUUAUAGAUCUAUUGUAAUACUUUCAUGUGAC